UGUAUUUACUUCCAAAUGUAUGUGUCCUUUUCAGCCCCUCCAGAGAAGCCUGACCAAGACCUCCGUGCAGUCGAGUGGCUCCUAGUUAUCCUUUCAUUCAUCUUCGCUCUCUUGACUUUUCCCUUAUCCAUCUGGCUGUGCGUAGAGGUUGUCUAUGAAUACGAGCAAGCUAUCGUUGUAAGACUGGGGCGCAUACAAAAAGGAAGUGCAAAAGGGCCAGGCAUCCAUUUCCUUUUGCCUUGCACAGACACCCUUAUCAGAGUGGACAUGAGGACAAAGUCAUUUACUAUACCAUUCCAGGAAAUUUUUACCAAAGAUCCAAUGACUGUGGAUGCAGAUGCUGUGAUUUAUUUCCGAGUGCAGAGUCCCCUCCUUGCUGUCACAAAUACCACUGAAGCAGUCAUGGCCACUCAGCUCUUGGCUGAAACCACUUUCAAGAAUGUUUUGGGGACUAAGAACUUAUCUGAAAUCCUCUCCAACCGGGAACAAAUUGCAGAUACUAUAAAGACCACACUGAACAACACCACAGGUGACUGGGGCAUAAAGGUGGAGCGUGUGGAGAUCAAUGAUGUUAAAGCGAGAGUAAAGGUCACUGUGGGAGAGACUGUAAGGACCAGCCCAAAGACUGUGAAGGAAUCUGCUGUUGUCAUGAUUGAAUCCCCCAAGUCUCUCAAGUUUCGCUGCUUGCAGACAGAGACCACGACCUCUGAGAAUGCCGGCGUUACCAAUCAACAGGCCGUCAUCAAUCAACAGACUGUCAUAUUCCGCUAACAGUAGAUACGCUGCAAGGCAUUGUGGGAAUGAAGUGCUAACUCAGGACACUGGUGCACAGGGAGAUGCUUUUCACAGGAGGCUAGAUUCCUUAUAAGUGCAUGAAGUGAUUUUAUUUAUUUGCCUAUUUUUAAACAGUUUUAUGUUUUGUUUCAUUGCCCCUCAUCCCAAAUAUGAAUAAAAGUAGAAAUAUGAUGGACAAUAUAUUCUCAAUCUGCCAUCCUUACACCCUUUAUCUCAUCCCCAA